GAGGCUGCCCUCGGCAGCGCCCCAUGAGGCGGGGCACGGCCUGGCCCCGCCCCCGGCGCAGUGUGACCUUCGCCGGCUGCCGUAGCCGGGGGACGCUGGGACAUGGCGGCGGCGGCGCGCGGCGCCCUGGCGGGGCUCCUGGGGCGCUGGGCCGCCCGCUGCCCCGCCGCGGGGCGGGCUCUCUCCGGCCUCUCCGUCCGGCGCGUCACGGAGGUGCGGGCACCGGCACCGGCCCCGCUGUGGAAACCGCGGCUGCUCUGGGGAAACCUGCCCGGCGGAGGCAGCCCCUCGGUCCUCGGCAGUGUCACAUCUCUGCUUCCAAGUCUACUGCAGCAGCCAGCGAGGACGCUCACUUACUGCAGCUUGCGGAAGGGGAAGAGGAAAACGGUGAAAGCUGUCAUCAAUAGGUUUCUGCGGCUGCACAAUGGCCUUUGGGUUAGGAGAAAGGCUGGUUAUAAGAAGAAGCUGUGGAAGAAGUCAGCUGCGCAGAAGAAGCGUUUGAGGGAGCUGGUGUUGUGCACUAGGACGCAAUGUAAACUCCUUGAUAAAAUGACCACUUCUUUCUGGAAAAGAAGAAAUUGGUAUGUUGAUGAUCCCUACCAGAAGUACCACGAUCGCACAAAUCUUCGCGUGUAGAAAUCCUGGUUUCAUUUUGGCAUCUCUCUAGGGAAGAGGAGGUGGUAUAUGUGAUAUAGUCUUAAUUUUAGAAUAAAAACCUGUGAUACCUGUUACUUUUCUAAAUAAACAUGCGUAUCAUCUGAUCAGAGCUAUGAGUAUCAGUGUCCCAAAUAAAGGAAUAUUCAAGAUUA